GUCUGUCUAGCAGUUCUUAACAAGUGUGAGUUCCAUGCAAAUACACAAGUUUUAAUCAGGAAAAGUUAUCGCCUGACAGGCCCUUUUAUAAGGACAUUGAUUUUGCCAUGGAAGAAGCUCCGGCAGAUACCACACCUUCUGAAACUCCACCUCCUUCUACCCCGGCAGCGGCUCCACCUCCACCUGCAGAGAUUCAACCACCACCCCCUCCGCCUCCAGCAUCAGAACCUAUUAAAGAGGCAAGCGAUAAAAAGGAAUCAGUCCAAGAAAAGGAAGGAGAUUCACCAGGCCAUGACGAUCGUCCAGCAUUUCAGACCACUAGAGAACCUUCUAUUGAAAGAAGUAAACUUCCUACCAACAAAGCUAUUGAUUUCCAGGUUCGUGUUCGUGUCGUCGAAGGCCGCAAUAUCUCGGGAUCAAAUAUCUCCCCCGUUGUCAAGGUAACAGUCAGCAACCAAGUGCGUCAAACAAGAGUAAAGAAAUCGACCAAUAAACCAUUCUUUGAUGAGAUAUUCUUCUUCAACUUCAAAAUCAUCGCUUCCGAGCUGUUUGAUCAGACGAUCACUUUCGAGAUUUUUAACUCAAGAAAAUUAAGAUCGAAUGCUAUGAUUGGAACAUUUUCGAGUGAUGUUGGAUUUUUCUACGAUCAAAAAGAUCAUUCAGUUAUACGUCGAUGGCUGCUGUUAACAGACCCUGAAGAUAUCAUGGCUGGACCAAAGGGUUAUUUAAAGGUCACAGUCAUGGUAUUGGGACCUGGCGACGAAGCACCGGAAGUGUCCGAGUCUGCUGGACAAGACGAUGAGGAUGACUUAGAAGAGAAUUUGCUUCAACCCGCUGGUGUGAUGCUCAGGCCAGCGGCCUUCUCAUUAAAAGUCUAUAAAUUGGAAGACAUCCCUCAGAUGGACUCUGCAUUUUCAGAAAGUCUUAAAAAGGUUUUUAAUGUUGGAGAGAAAGCAAAGGCUCUGGUUGAUCCUUACUUUAUGAUGACUUUUGCUGGAAAACAGAGCAAGUCAAAGUACAUAAAUAACGAUGACAAUCCUGAGAUCAAUCAAGAGCUUUCAGUAAAGUUUCAGAUGCCUUCGAUGUGCGAGAAGAUAAAACUGCAGAUUUGGGACUGGGAUAAGAUAGGUUCAGAUGACUUGGUAGGAACAUCGUACAUACCUCUAAAUGCCAUAUCAGGACAAGGAGACAAAGAAUUAGGAUAUUUACCGCUAUUUGGUCCUUGUUUUGUGAAUUUCUAUGGCUCCACACGCGAGUACUCGACUCUGCCUGAUGAAUGCGAGAUUCUUAACGAAGGAAUCGGUGAGGGCGUAGCCUAUCGUGGUAGAGCCCUCGUUGAACUCGAGACUAAAGUCACCGGUGAAAUGGAAACUGGGGUAGAGGAAAUAGAAGACGACGAUGUUGUUCUGAUACAGAGCUGUCUUCGUCGACGAAAGUUCAAGCUGUUUGGCUGUUUUCUUGAGGCAACGAUGAUAGCUUGUAAGGAUAUCCCGAUACAGUUCGAAAUUUCUAUUGGUAAUUAUGGUAACCGUCUGGACUCAUCAGUUGCGCCAUCGUCAUCAUCUACACCUUCCUCCAACGCAGUGUUUGAUGGGUCGUAUUAUUACUACCUCCCUUGGGGUAGCAAGAAGCCGUGCUGCUCAGUAGACUCACAUUGGGAGGAUAUGCUAUUUCGACUUUACUCCAUGAACAUUUUAUUGGAUUUAUGCGAACGAGUUGAAGGAAAAAUCGAGAGAAUAAAGAUUGGCAUGAAAGAAAAUCUUUCCAAACCAGAGAUCGCAUCACUAAUAAUGGGACUUCUAGAAGAACUGAUCGCGGCGUGCAGCAAUAUAAGAACAGGCCUGCCUGAGAUCAAGAAAGGACCUGGCAUAACUCAACUGGACUUCAAGAAACGAGAAGUUAGGAUAUCAGAAUUGACUUCGAUCGAAAAAGAAGCUUCUCACCUGCGAGAGUCCGCUACUGAUAUCGAUGAGGCAAUACAUGACAUCGAACAUUUUCUACAGAAACUACGGGCUUUAGCUGUAGAGCCCCAAAAUAAUAUUCCUGACGUCAUCAUUUGGAUGUUAAGCGGAACAAAAAGAAUUGCCUACCACAGGAUUCCCGCAAAUGAAAUUCUUUAUUCGCACGAAGUGAAAAAGCGCGGUAAAAACUGUGGAAGAAUGCAGAACGUAUUUAUGAAGUAUCCUGGUGAAAAACAGUUUGAUUUUGAAGAUCAUCCCGAGGUUCCAUGUCAGAUUUCUGUUAUUAUGUGGCUGGGUCUUGAGAAUGACCAGGAAGCCUGGGUUCAUAGAUCUGAUAUGGAAGGGAAAUUUGAAGUGUUUGCCGAAACUUAUGAAAAUCAAAUGAAAUUCCUUGGUAAAUGGACAACGAAAGGACUGAUGAGACCCAGCUGGUCUGACGCUGAGGGAACGGUCAAACUUCUGAAAGAAAAUUUUGUUGCUCCUCGCGGUUGGCGGUGGGAAGGCGACUGGGUGGUGAGUCCUGAAACAAGCACCGCAUACGACUCCGAUACAGGACAUAAGACUUUCCUAGAUGAUGUUUAUGAAUGUGAAUCUCGUUUGCCUGGUGAUAAUUGGAGCGCCGCUAAAGAGGUCUGGACAGAUAUAUAUGGUAAUAAAUGUGAACCACCUAGUAAGCUUGAAUGUCCUGAAGGAUGGAAGUGGACGAUGGAGUGGACUGUGGAUUUGAAUCGUGCCGUAGACGAAAAUGGUUGGGAAUACAGCGUGGAUCACACUAGCGGCUCGUAUAUAGCAGUCGAGAAGAUGUAUCAUUUAUACAGAAGACGAAGAAUUGUCAGAAGUAGAACAUUGAAGAUAACAUCACAACAAUCCACUGAAACUGAGGAAAUUGCCGAUAUGUUAGAAGAAGGAGGAUGGGAGUAUGCCAUAACUUUUACGUCACAGUUUCACAGUAAAGAACGUACCGCUGACAUGGUAAGGCGACGGCGAUGGCACAGACUAAUCUUACAGGAUGAUCCAAGAGCACCAGCGAUAUUCCGUCGAUCUGGAAUCCCAGCAAGUGAGGAUCAAAAGAAAAAGAAAGAAAAAGAAAAAGCGGACAGCGCCGAUGUACCAAGAAUGAUAAUGACAUAUGAAGCAGAACCUCACAAGUAUCAACUCCGAGUGUAUCUUUUCCAAGGAAGAGAUCUUCUACCGGCCGACGCCGAUGGACUUUCUGAUCCAUACGCACGCGUUAUAUUUCAAAACCAGAGUCAAGUGACACGAUGUAUUCAUAGAACGCUUUGUCCCACAUGGGACCAGACUUUGGUAUUCGAUAAUGUGAACAUCUAUGGAAGCACAGAACUUAUAGAAAAGAAUCCACCCCAAGUUGUGAUUGAACUGUUUGAUAAAGAUGAAGUGGGUAAAGACGAAUUCAUGGGACGCUGUAUCGCUAAUCCGAUCGUUAAGCUAAAAGGUGCUGGACCUCCAGCUCCUCGUCUUUUGUGGGUUCAAGUGUUUAAGGGUAAAAGCGAAGCAGGUGAAAUACUGGCUGCUUUUGAACUUUUCUUGAACGAAGGAACAGAUCUUCCAUUUAUGCCACCAAUGAAUGAGUCGUACUUUAUCGUGCCUAGUGGAAUACGACCAGUACAGCAAAGAACAGCCAUUGAGGUUCUUUGUUGGGGCGUAAGGAACAUGAAGAAAUAUCAGCUAGCCAACGUUACUUCUCCCAGUGUGGAGUUCGAGUGUGGUGGUCACGUGAUUCAAUCGGAAGUCAUAAAGAACACACAAAAGACUCCAAACUUUGAGAACCCUUUGUUCUUCUUUGAUGUGAUGCUGCCUAAAGAAGAGCUUUACAUUCCACCAAUGAAUAUCAAAGUGCGUGAUAACAGAUCGUUUGGUCGUUGUCCAGUAGUAGGAGUACACUGUCUUAAAUCACUGCAACCCUAUCGGUAUGACACUCCUAAAGACGACACCAUUGAAGGCGAAGACACUAUAGAUGCUUCAAGCCGAGAGAGCUCGUACGACCUAAGCAUUAAGGAAGAAAAGAAAAAGAGUAAGCAAUUAACGUUUGAUUGGUGGUCGAAAUACUACGCGUCUAUUGGUGCACAUGACAAGGCAGAAGGUUAUGUAGAAGAUGGAAAUGAUAUUCUAAUCAUGUAUAACACCGAGCUUGAGCGAGUAGAACACUUUAAACGAUUUCAAGACUUCAUCGUCACUUUUCCAUUGUAUCGAGGGAAGGUUAAAGAUGUUGACGAUCUGACCGAUGUCGGAGAGUUUAAGGGAACGUUUCGUGUUUAUCCUCUUCCCAAUGACCCUGGCAGUGCUCCUCCACCUAAAAUGAUUCAUAGUUUACCACAAAGCCAGCCCGUAGAAUGCGUCAUACGAGUCUACGUCAUAAAGGCUAUUGAUCUACAACCAAUGGAUCCUAAUGGUUUGGCAGAUCCUUAUGUCGUCAUUUCUCUGGGCAAGAAAAAGAUCAAAGAUCAGGACAAUUAUAUCGCAAAUACGCUCAAUCCAACAUUUGGAAAAAUGUUUGAGAUGACUGCACUGAUUCCUAUUGCAAAGGAUCUUGAAAUAUCCAUUGUCGACUAUGACUUAAUUGGAUCAGAUGAGGAGAUCGGUAAAACGACAAUCGAUCUUGAAAAUAGAUAUCUUACACGAUUUCGAGCAACCUGUGGACUUCCUCAGUCUUAUUACACAUCUGGUGUAAACAAAUGGCGUGAUUCUCAGACUCCAAAACAAAUCCUCGAGAAAUACUGCCAGGUUUCUGGAUACCAACCUCCCAAGUUUAGAGGAAAUUCAAGGCUUUUAGUCGAUGGAAAAUUGUACAGUUUAGAUGAAUUUGAAGAAGGAAACUCUAUUAAUCAGAAUUUGGGUCCAGCCGACGAGAGACUGGCACUACAUGUACUCAACUGUCAUCCUCUUGUGCCAGAACACAUUGAAACGCGACCAUUGUAUAGCUCUUUACAACCCGAUAUCGAACAGGGAAAGGUACAGUUAUGGGUGGAUAUAUUUCCCAAAGAACUUGGACCCCCUGGACCUCCGUUUGACGUAUCACCACGAAUACCUCAAGACUACGAGUUACGCGUGAUUAUCUGGAAUACUAGUGACGUCAUCUUGGAGGAGACAAACAUCAUGGGAGAAGCCAUGAGUGACAUCUACGUCAAAGGGUGGAUUGCAGGAAUUGAUGAUUCACAAAAGACAGACGUUCAUUUCAGAUCUUUGGAUGGUACGGGGAACUUCAACUGGCGUUUCCUAUUUCCAUUUUUGUUCGUUCCUGCAGAGAAAGUGAUGGUUGUUCGCAAAAAGCGUCAUUUAUGGAGUCUCGACAUGACAGAAAGCCGCAUGCCACCGCGACUUGUUAUCCAAAUAUGGGAUAAUGAUAUAUUCAGUCCUGAUGACUUUUUAGGUCAACUGGAGUUAGUUUUAACCCAUAUGCCAAGACCGACAAAGAGCGCUAAAAAAUGCACACUUGAAGCAAUGAAUAUGGACAGUGCAAAGAAGGGCAAACCAAGAGAGACUGUGUCUCUAUUUGAUAUGAAGAGGGUGUAUGGAUGGUGGCCGUGUGUGGGGGAAGGAGAAGAAGAGUUGGAAAUUACUGGUAAGGUAGAAAUGACUUUAGAAGUGUUGCCUAGCAACGAAGUGAGCGAAAAACCAGCAGGAAAGGGUCGAUCAGAUCCAAACUUGAACCCGACGCUAGACCCUCCUAAUCGUCCCGCCACAUCGUUCUUUUGGUUCAGUUCCCCCUUUAAAAGCUUGAAGUAUAUAAUAUGGCGGCGAUACAAGUGGUACUUUAUAGGGUUUAUUGUGACCGUUUGUCUACUAGCACUGCUUGUACUAUUUAUUUACGCAAUGCCGGGCUACACGGUGAAGAAAAUAUUUAAUGUCUGAAUUGCACUGAAUGGAAUUGUCAUGGAAACCAAGGAUUGUUUAUGAUAUAACUGUAUGUCUAGGCCAUAUCAAUGUUGGUUUGUUUAUGCUGGGGUUGAUAUUAUAAUAUUUGGGUAACAGUGGACUGCUGUUAUUUAUAUAAUUAGGUAAAUAUUAUAUUUUGAAAAAAACAAAAAGAGUAUCUAAGUCAAAAAUUAAAUUAAACAAUUGGAAUGUAAACGUUUGCAUAAUGCGAUAGAAAUAAUUCAUAGUUAGUGGUAAUUUGUUUGUUCUUUUUACCACAAAUGUAAUUUUUCUCGAUUUUUAUGAUUGGUCGAGAGCCGUGGUAAAUAAAAGUACAUACCAUGUU